AAACUCUUGACUGAUUGUAUUAAAGCUCAAAUUGUAGAAGAUUGUGUUAAGCGUAAACUGUAAGAGGUUGUAUCACCCACAAACUGUGAAAACAAAGCUCUGUCGUUUAUUGUGGAGAAAACCCGCAGUGUGUACAGUCAUGCGUUGCUUGUUUCUCUCAGCUGUGUGCCUGGCUCUCGUGGUCAGUGUUUUCUCCAAGGACGUGAGGGUGCUGUCCGAGCACAAGCUACGAGCUUAUGAUGAGACCAGAAUGCUCUUUGACUUCUUCGAGAGCCAAGUUCUGGUAGAUCCGAAUUCGGUCCGAUUUGUUGAUGAAGAAACCGUCUACAGGAGCCAGCAGGGAUCUUCAAACACCUUCUCAUUCACUAACUGUGAAGACCCCAAGAAGGAGAUCGCUGUACCACGUGACGUGAGCAUUUCUCCAGACCCCAUCCGUAUCCCGGGAACUUUGACAGCCUCGGGAGGUAUCCUGGUCAAAAAACCGUUCGGAGCUCCCCUCAAGGGCAACUGGACCGUCCCUCCCUUCCAGUUGGACAUCAAAGCACAGCUUCCGGUCAAAGUAUCUGGCGCUGUGAAAGUCCAUGCUGACGUCACCUACAAUGGGGAAUUGGUCACGUGUUCAGAAAUCGUGUUUGAUCUGGCCUAGGUCAUCACGAUUAGCUGUAAACUGUACAUAGAUUUUCUUUUUUUUUAAGUGGCCUACAAGCUGUUUUGGAGCAGUUAUUUUGAGGCUUGAAAUGCAACUUCGUGUAUUUUGAGAUUUAUUGUUAUGACAUAAAUAACUUUAUUUCAACACUACAGACACAAUCUUUCUCAAAUUUUUUUAGCUUUCUCACGCGAUGUUUGCUGUCUGAUUGAUCGCCUCACUCGUUUAUUGUGACCCCGUCAAAUUAACCUUAAAAAGCAGUUGUUUUACUUUUUGUGUUUUAAUUUCAAAUUAAACUUUUUGAAAAACA